AUUGCUUAUAUACCAUUUAUUGAACGCACGUUUUAAAUUAAAGAGGGAUUUGUAAAAUUAGCGGAAAGCUAUCAUUUCGGGAUAUAGACAAUGUAUAUGGUAACCUGCUUUGAUUCCAAAGUUAGGAAGAUUAUAUUGUUUGUAAGCACAUGAAGGGAAUAAAAAAGUAAACAUGAAGCUUGUUACGAAUCAGGCACAAAACAUUUUUUGAAAGUCAUAAGCCACCGGGUUAUUAUUCAGGCUGUCCAUAUCAAAAGUAAAUUGAAAAUAGUCUUAUGUAUAAUGUUAAAAUUUUACUACAUUAAGUUCUCUUUUAUAUAUAUAUAUUUUGUUUCUUUUUCUUUUUUUUUAAAGACAAUUCACGGUAUAGGUUCCGUAAAGAAGGAGCAGCAGGAGAUUGAACACACAUAAGCCUGAAAAAUAUACAGUCCAAUUUUCUGUAACAUCAUUGUAAUAUAUCAAUGUUCAUAUAAUCGUGAAAUGUCGUGACAUGUUACAAUUAAGCAACAAUUUUCAAUCUUUGUGUGUAAAUCUGCUGCCAACUCUUUAGUGUCUGAACAUUAAGACAGCUUCUGGAUGAUUUCUCAAAGGUUGCUUCACAUUACACUUUUCCGUUCCCUCUUGCAAUGACACGUAUACACUUCAAAGAUUACUAGGUCAAAACGAACAACUCAUACGUAUUUUGUCUACUCUGUGACACACUACUAUCUACAGAAGGGAAAUUGUCUCCUAGUAAUUCUUCCACUGUAAAGCGAAGUCUUCCCCGUCAGUGUUUACACUGCUUGAUGAAAGAAAACCGAAACUUCUUACUUGAUAUUUAAUGUGUCCUGGAUGAGGAGAAGGUUAGUCAAGGGAAAAGCGUUCAAAGCAGUGUGUUAAACUAGAAAACAUAUUUUUCUUUAUUACUGAUAUGCAAACUGUACGCUUAAGAGCAUAGAAACUCUUUAAUGAAAAGAACCAAACAGGAUGCUGCAGCAAGUCUACUCUAUACCUUGUUUUACAGUCGCAUUGCUUGUUUGUCAAGCGAUAAUUUACUCAAAGCAAGAAAAAUGUGCAGUCUUGGAGUUCUACCAUUUAAACGAGAGCGCUUUGUCGGUCUCGGAAAACCGUUCUGCCAAUGUGACAUUCGGAAUGAACAUUUCAGCCUGUAGUCAUUCUAAUACACCCUACAAGGUGAAGGUUUACACAAGAACAAGAAGUGGAAGUCUGGAGUAUGAUGGCACGGUAACCUACCUGAGAGACACCUGCACUCCCACACCAAACACUUCGGUUCGCUGCAUCACUCCCACCGGACCUGCGGAGUUGUACAGGAAAGUGAACAGAACUCACGUAGCGGUGGAGUGGAACUGGUUGUGGAAAGACAUCCGGUUUAGUAAUUUUACAGCCAUGCAACAGGAGUUACAACUAAUUGUCACGUACCCAUCCAGUGUCACAAGCUUAAUAGUAAAUGGACAAGACGUCAAUGGGUAUCAUUUUAUUAACGAGUACCAGGAGGUGAACAUUUCCUGUUUAUUCGACCAAGGAAACCCUCCCGUCAACUUUCGUCUACUGGACGAACACGGGGCAGAAUUGAAGUCUUUUAUGGACGAACAACAUCUCGUUCUUUCACUUACAGCUCGAUGUAAAGAAGACUGGCCAACUGUCAGAUGUGAAGGAAACUCAUCGAAAAAGAAUAUAUCAGUGUCCUUUCUCGUCAAUUGUCCUCCCCAAUUCAUGGGAGAACAUCCACAAGUCACAGCUAGUGCUGAACAUGAACGUUGGACAGUGAAAGUCAAGGCUCACACCACAGAAAUCGAGAAAUGUCUGGUGAUGCCCUUGUCAUUAGGAGGCAAUAAGAAUAUAGAUGUUAACUGCAGUCUGACUGGUAUCCCCCCUCACCUGCUCUUGACUGUCCUCGUUAAUAAUGACGACAGUGCAAAAGGAAUCCAGUGGGCAAUAAGUGUUCGCAACGAAAAAGGAUCUUCAGAAACAUUAGUCUUCAAUAAACAUUUAGGUGAGUAUGAUUCGCAUCUGACACACUCCUGAGUAUGCAGCACAUUGCUAUCAAGAGGUAAAAACAAGUAGAAAACUAAAUGCUUAAAAUAGUGUUUUAGUAGUUAAAGUGAACAAUACCUAAUAAUAUAUUUUUUUCCAUCUGACCAUUCAGAAUAACCUUUUAUUAUAAAACUACGAUACCUCUCACUUUUAGUAAAAGAUGCGGGAGUUUAUAUUUAUGUUUCCGUACAGUGUUCCGUGACAAGAAGCAACAAUCUAUAAGAGCUCCAUAAACUAUUGUUCAAAUCUCAAGCCGUACGGGAAACGUGUGGAAGUUUCGCGAACCUGUUCACACUACGGGAAUCUAUCGCGGUAUCAGCAACCGUUUCUUCCGAUCCCGAUUUGCAUUUUCUUUACGAUGAAAUAAACACAACACUGAUCCAAACUUU